AUUCAUUUGCUAAUUGAAUAACCAACAAACAAACGGCAGGAGUUAGAGUUAUCAAAUCUGCGACCAAACCAAACCACCAUGACCAUGUUCAUCAUCUGGAGCUUCUUCUAAUGAAAUCCAUCGCACCAUUUGAUUCUUCAAAACACCACUAAUUCCUCACAUUUCUCACCCUUAAAUCCCCUUUUUCCCAUAAUUUAAACUAACCCCAUUUCUCUCUCUCUCUCUCUUUUCAUCCACAUUGUGGCAAUGGCGAUUCCUGCUGUGUUUGUCAUCGUUCCUCUUGGCCUGCUUUUCAUCCUCUCCGGCCUCAUCGUUAAUGUUAUUCAGGCGUUUAUCUUUGUUCUUGUUCGACCCAUUUCAAAGUGUUUGUACAGAAGAAUCAACAAAGUAGUUGCUGAAUUGCUAUGGUUGGAACUCAUUUGGCUAAUCGAUUGGUGGGCAGAAGCAAAGGUUGAGGUGUAUACAGAUCAAGCAACCUUCCAAUUAAUGGGCAAAGAACAUGCACUUGUUUUAUGCAAUCACCGUAGUGACAUUGACUGGCUAGUUGGAUGGGUCCUAGCUCAGCGUGCAGGUUGUCUUGGUAGUGCCUUAGCCAUAAUGAAGAAAGAGGCAAAAUUCCUUCCAGUCAUUGGCUGGUCAAUGUGGUUUUCUGAUUAUAUCUUUUUAGAAAGAAGCUGGGCCAAGGAUGAAAGCACUCUGGAGUCAAGUUUUCAGUCGCUCAUGGAUUUUUCCAUGCCAUUUUGGUUGGCACUUUUUGUUGAGGGAACUCGUUUUACACAACAAAAGCUCCUAGCUUCUCAGGAAUAUGCUGCAGCUAGAGGAUUGCCUGUCCCUAAAAAUGUUUUAAUUCCUCGAACAAAGGGUUUUGUUUCUGCAGUGAGUCAUAUGCGCUCGUUUGUUCCGGCUAUUUAUGAUUGUACAGUGGCCACUUCUCCAAAAGACCGCCCUCCUACAUUGUUGAGGAUAUUUAGAGGCCAAUCUUUUGUGGUAAAAGUGCAAGUCAAGCGACACGAAAUGCAGGAAUUACCAGAAACUGCAGACGGGAUCUCACAAUGGUGUAAAGAUCUAUUUGUUACCAAGGAUACAUUAUUGGAGAAGUAUAUGAUCAAGGAUUCAUUCAGUGAAAAACAACCUAUUGAUAUAGGCCGACCAAAAAAGUCGUUAUUGGUUGUUCUUUGUUGGUCAUGCAUCUUGGCUUAUGGCAUUGUUAAAUUCUUCCAGUGGUCUGCUCUCCUAUCCUCAUGGGAGGGCAUUGCACUCUCAGCAGGCCUCUUGAUUCUUAUAAUCCUUGUUAUGCAACUGCUCGUUCAUUCUUCCGAGUCGACCCGUUCUACACCUAUAAUUGUAUCGUCUCAGGAUACCACCAAGGAACGAUUACUUCAGAAAUGAGAUAUCAUCAUCAACAUACUCAAUUCAUUAUUCAUUCCAUUCUUUGUCCAAUUUAGCAAUUCUUUCAGCUGAAGUGUAGAAAUUGUGUCCGUCUAAAGCAUUAUUCAACUCCCUUUCAGGCACCUGCAUUUGUGUGUAGGUAGGGGUGUUAGAAUUUAUUGUUUGUAUAGCUAACAACAAAAGUUUUUUUGACCACAUAAGUAAUGAAUUAUUUGGCCUAUUUGUGUAAGUUCGAUUCUAUCCCAUUAUUUUCACUUCAAUGAAAAAUACUCCUUUACUGAA